UCCUUCAAGCAAGUGUCAGUUUUUGCGUGUUUUGAACUCUGUUGUUGUUUUCUUUGCUUUGUGCUCGUGGAAUAUUGCUAAAAUCAAAGUGAAGAUGAAGAAUUUUCCAGUUUUUGUGUUCCCUGUGUCCCUUGAGUUCUACUUAAACGCAAGACACACCCACAAACAGCUCCUGACUGUGUACAAUCCUUACGAUUUCCCUGUGAAUUUUAAAGUACUAUGCACAUCACCGAACAAGUUUACUGUAAUAGACCCAGAGGGAGUAAUAGCAGCUCAGAGUUGCAUAGACAUUGUUGUACGGUAUACACAGCCGUCUGCGGCACACUGCAACUCUACAGAGAAGUUCCGGAUCACCAUGUAUGAUAGAAAUACCCAGCAGGCUCUGGGUAAGAGAGACGUACCAACAAAACUGCUGGAAGGCGAGCCAAUAAGUGCUAACCUGGAGAGUUUGAGUGACAGUUUCCACCCGUUGUCCACCAGAUCUACACCCAUCAGGGCUGUGGAAGAACAUAAGGACCACAGGGUCACUUGUACCCACACACCAUAUCACAGAGAGCAGCAGCCGGUGAACGUAGUCGCAGUGGCAGUGAGUAUAUGCUGUAUAGCAGCUUUACUGUUGCCCACGCAGCCAGAACCGGUCACCUCGUCACAGUGGCCGGACUGGCUGCACAUCGGCUCCAACCUCAAACUUGUGUUCUCCUUCGUACUCGGACUGGUCAGCAUGCUGGUACUAAGGCCUUAGAGGUGUGUAGAAUCUAGGCUGAUUGUGUACAGAGGUGUCUUUAGUUUGUUGAAGAUACUGGCAGUUGAAAUAAGAUUUAUUUUUGACAUCUAAAGAAUGUUCUCAUAAAAUUUUAAACUACCCACAAGAAAAAUAACCCUUCGCAAAUGUCAGCAAUUUCGUCUUUUGACUCAAACGAAAAUUUUGAGGGAUGAUUCAGACCAUGAUUGAGAAUUUUCCGUGGAAAAAGUAAACUGAAAAUAAUUAAAAAAAAAAUAACAUUUUCAUGAAUUUUCUAACAGGAAAUUCCACUUGAUAUCAACUCAGAAUCAUGAUCUGAACCAUCCCCCUCAGUAUUCGUUAGGUCGUCACUAACUCCCUGUAUAUAAUUAAUAAUUAUAAUUAUUGUUGAUAGUAAAAGAUGGAAAAAAAAUUG